AUGUUCCUUUCAGCGACAUUCAGCGAGUUGCUCGGAUAUACUUCUAUCGCGUGUUGGCUCGGUGCCCAAUUUCCUCAAGUUAUAGAAAACCACAAACGGCAGUCGUGUGAGGGCCUUGCUCUACCGUUCUUGUGUAACUGGCUACUUGGCGACUUUUCAAAUUUAAUUGGCUGUCUGCUCACCCACCAACUUCCUUUCCAGACUUACCUUGCGACCUACUUUUGCAUAGUGGAUUGUUCGUUGCUGGCUCAAUACUUUUACUAUGGUGGAGGGCCAGCAAUACCAUCCGAGGUGUACGGACGCACGCGGUCACGAACUCUUUCCACUGCUCGUCGACUCUCAAUAGACGCAUCCCACUAUCGCACCUUAUCCGCAGUCGCGGGUAAUGUUGCCGCAGCCGCAGCAUUAGUUGCAUUUCCCGAAGCGCAUCCCGAACAUCGUGUCUCACGGAAGCAUCCCGUCGACCAACCGCUUCAUGACACAACACCCCAAGUAUCUGAAGAAGCGCAAGAUGAGGUCGAUGAUGCGGUCUUGUCAGCACUCUCAGAAAGUUUUCACUCUGGGCGCAAACGUGUUUCAUGGAGCCAAGAACGUCGCGAUCACCUAUCUGCGGUUCCCAAAUCAUUGCAAAUAACGUCACCUCAGCGCGAGUUCGCGGCAUUUGCCCGGGGUCGUCCGGAGCAGCGUGCGGCAGAUGCGGACGAGGUUGAGGUUGAGGUUGGGCAAGCCGGCUCGCGUGCGGCGAGUGGCCAUAGGACCAGUUCUCGCGCGAGUCGACGCGCGGCAAGCAUGGUCUUGCUUGGAUUUGGGGCAUUGUUUAGUGUUGGAGCUCUAACCGACGCUCGCUCCAGAUCUUUAGCAGAGAGAAAUGACAGCAUAGGGCGAGUGCUAGCAGAUGAGGUUGUCAUACCACAUUCAGUGACGGCGUCCUCCGUGCAGGACGCGGCCUACUAUGAGUCGUCAUCAGAUGCAGAAGUUGUGACUGUGGAACUCCCUUCGACACUUGACCAGGACGAGCUGCGAUCUCAAUCAGAAGACCUACCCUCAGCGGAACGUAUCAUUGGACGAAUAUUUGCCUGGCUGUGUACCUCAUUGUAUUUGACUUCUCGCCUUCCCCAGAUAUGGAAGAACUAUGCCAGGAAGUCUGUUGACGGACUUUCGAUGUAUCUCUUCGUCUUCGCUUUCCUUGGCAACUUUUUCUACGUCUGCUCGAUAUUGACAUCUCCUGAGGCACGAGUGCCUCCACCUGCAUCAAUUCAAUUUUUCAAGGAGAGCCUCCCAUACCUACUUGGAAGUGGCGGCACGUUCAUCUUUGAUGUCACUAUUGUGUCUCAAUCCUUCAUCUACCGAGGGAAGCCUCCGCGUCGGCGAGGUCGUGGUGCAUCUAUCGUACACAGAGCUUCUCUCGCUGAAGAGCAAGCUGGUUUGUUGGGAGGAGAUGCUCUUUCAGGUUCAUACUACGGUGGCAGAAGUGCAAGUGUUGUAGCGCACUCCAGGAGUCGGACCUCCGCGUCUACUUUGCGCAUCCCAUCACCGUCUCCACCAGUUAGCAACCAGCAAUUCGCGGAACCACAACCUGAUCACCUCCGUGCCUUUGUACUCGAUUACCUCUGCCAUAAUUGUUACACCAAGACUGCGCAGGCAUUCGCGAGGGAUACCACCGUGAGACACCUCGACAAGGACGGAGACGAAAUCAUGUCGCCCGACAGAAGGUUGCAAGGGAACUCAGUAGACCUCACGGAAGAGGGUCUUCGGAGAAUACGGCUUCGUGAAGAAAUACGAACAGAAAUUCUCUCGGGGCGAAUAGAUGAGGCCACUGCCCUCCUCAACCAGCAUUUCCCCAGCGUCCUUGCCUCGUCAAGUGUAUCACACUCAGAAACGUCCUCUUCCGUCAAUUCUUCCUCUGACCGUAUAGAGUCCGCCCCCCGCACCGUCUUGGACCCGACUCUCCUAUCGCUUAACCUCCGUAUUCAUGCUUUCAUUGAAGCAUGCCGUACAAUUCCUCUUCCCUACGUUCCACCCCAUCGGGGUGUACCCAUAGAAACACCGGAACCCCCCAUGAAUCUCUCCCGUGCCCCUGACCGUAUGACUGGUGAGCGUUAUCAAACCGAGUUGAUACUGCGGGCGCAAAAGCUCUAUGCCUUGGUGGAACUAUUACGGAAACCAGAGGACCGAGCGACGUAUUUGAAGGAGCUGGAGAACGUUGGCGGCCUUCUCGCAUACAAGGUGCCAGAGAUUAGCCCCAUGUCAAAAUAUCUUGACCAGGCAAGACGAGAACGUGUUGCAGACCAGAUCAACCGCGCAAUACUCCAUCACAACAACCUACUAUCUGUAUCUCACCUGGAAGUUGCCGUGCGAUAUAAUUCUUCUCUCUGGGGAGCUUUGAACGAACUGCAUGCCGAAGUUCCUACCAGGAGACCCGCGGGAGUCACUCUCCCACCCAAGCCUGCCAGCAGGACUGCGUCGACUUCUGAUGAGAAGAAACCGACUGUUGAAGUAAGUUUUACAAUGAUAUUGUAUCUGCGGAAUCUAAUAUGGGAUGCAGUAUUUACCACCUUUCGAUUUGGGCUUAUUCCUUAA